AUGGCCUCGGCGGUGUUUGAGGGCACCUCGCUUGUGAACAUGUUCGUGCGCGGUUGCUGGGUGAACGGCAUCCGCAGGCUCAUCGUCAGCCGGCGCGGCGACGAGGAGGAGUUCUUCGAGAUCCGCACCGAGUGGUCGGACCGCAGCGUGCUCUACCUGCACCGCAGCUUCGCGGACCUCGGCCGCCUGUGGCAGCGCCUCCGCGACGCCUUCCCCGAGGACCGGCCGGAGCUAGCGCGCGUGCCGCUGCGGCAAGGACUGGUGGCCAUAAAGGAUGCCCACGAUAUAGAGACCAGGCUUAAUGAGGUGGAGAAGUUGCUAAAGACCAUCAUAAGCAUGCCGUGCAAAUAUUCCAGAUCAGAAGUUGUGCUCACCUUCUUUGAAAGAUCUCCUCUGGAUCAGGUGUUAAAAAAUGACAACGUACAUAAAAUUCAACCCAGCUUUCAGAGUCCAGUGAAAAUAUCAGAAAUCAUGAGAUCCAAUGGAUUUUGCUUAGCAAAUACGGAAACCAUCGUUAUUGACCACAGUAUACCAAACGGAAAAGACCAACAUCUGGGUGUGGAUCCGACAGAGCAUUUGUUUGAGAAUGGCGGUGAAUUUACCUCAGAGCUGGAAGAUGGUGAUGACCCAGCAGCUUAUGUCACCAACCUAUCCUAUUACCACCUGGUCCCCUUCGAGACGGACAUUUUGGACUGAGUCUCUGGUGGGCCCCCACCUCCCCCAGGCCCUUGACUGCUGGUUCUGCCCCGGCUGCAGGGGCCCCCCUGCUGCCCCAGGCCUGGGUCAGGGGGUAUCUCCUCGGUGACAGUGCCCAGGAGGCCUGGGUGUCCUGCCCCUGGAGCAGCGGGGCUUUCCUCCGGUGCAGGGCCUCCCACAGCCGCCUGGCCACCCCUUGCUCCCCACCAUUCCCUCACACGACAAGCACACACGACAUGGCCUGGGAGGUGGUGAGAAGUUGCCACGGUCUGGACAACACGGGCAGGGAAUGUGAGGUAAUCCAGGAUUUCCCUGGGAACCCGGAUGUGUGGCUUUCAUUUCUGGUUUUCAUUUUCUCUCCAGAAGCUGUGGGUCUGGCGUCAGCCAAAGGGGCUCUUUACAGAAGGUUCCCUGUGGACGGCGAGGGUUGGCUACAGACACAGGGCAAAUCAUUGCCGAUCAGGUGCCUGUAAGCGGGGGCUGAGAAGUACCGAUUCUCCUCCAGAGAAAAGAGUUCCUGCCUGGCCGGCCAGCAUCUCUAAAGCCCUUCAGUGGAGUAGCCGUGCUGUAACCACCCCAGGUUGUGGGAAGUUCACCUCUCCUGCUGUUUACCAAGCUCUCAGUGACGUCAUUGCCAUAUUUACCUGCGGGGGGGGGGGGCAGGGAGAUGAGCAGGAAAGCACUGGCCAAGUCCCCCUUUGCCCCUUGCGGGGGCGGGGGGGAGGGGCGUGCGCAGGCAGGUCUGGGUUCUGUGUGCUUAUCUCCUCAUGGGGUCUACUAACGACCAACAUUUGCUAAUGUAAAUAAUAGUAAAUUAUUGAGAAUCCUAAUUCUUUUACACAGUCUGUUUUUUAAUCUAUUUUAAUUAAAUAAAGUGCAUUACUCUGCUCCUGGAUUUAG